AUGGGUUGCUGUGCGUCGACGUCGGCGGACGCAGGGCCGGGACCAUCGCGGUUGUUGCGGCUGUCCGUGGGCAGCCAGAGUAUCGAGGAGGAGAACGGCGACCGGCGGGUUUCAACCGCCGUGGAAAACGGUGGAAAGCCUGGAGAGGACCCCACGAGUCGGGAGGAGGAACAGAACCGCGCGUCCUUUCGCUCCUGGACCGAUCGCUCGGCCCAGCAGCCCGACCGAUCACUGCACCAAUACUGGGUCAUGACGUUGGACACCUUCCUGGGUGAAGUCGGUCGUCGGCCCUCGCUCUUCCAAACCAUCGUGGAUCUGCGUCGCAGGACAGCGCGCUGGUCCCGGCGCUUCAGUCCGCGCAGCUCCAUGCAGAGUCGCAGCUCGAUACCUGGCGAUCGCAGCUCCGUGCAGAGCCGGGACCGGCGCGCCUACUUGGCACCGCAGGUCUCCCGCCGCAGCCAUGCGGAGAGCCAGUCAGCGAUGGUAGGGUCUGACAUUGGAAGAAGGAUUGAAUCCCUCAAUGUGUCACAAGCCACCAACAGCGGCAGUUUCAGGGUCAGUCGUGCGAGCCGCGUCAGCUUUGACCCUGGCCUGGACGAAGCGAAGGGCGACGGUCUAGGCCUGCAGGGUUAA